GUGAAUGACAUUUGUCAUCUCUACUUGUGAGCACGUUUUGUUUUCACGAGUGUCUAUUGGCGGUUUUAGAUUGGUUUGAAAGAUUUUAAUUUACAAUAAAGUUUACGAGAUAAAAUAGAAACUUGCAGGAAAGGCGACAAAAAGCAAUAUGGAUAAAGAAUCCAUCGACUCCAACAGGUGUAUUAGUAGCGAAGAUACAAAUGAUGUCCAUAUUGAUAGCUCUGUGCUACAUGUGUCAACGGACUCGAUUAAAAGCACUGGUAUAAAUGAAGUCGUUGGUAAUGAUUUGAAUGACAUUCAAGAAAUAGUAUCUGAUACAUCACAAAAAUGUGAAAAACAGCAACCGCUUGCAGAUUGUAACUCAUAUUCGGAAGAAAAUGUGGAACUAGUUACAUAUACUGCGGACGCAACUACUGAUUUGGAAGCUAUCUGUGAUAAUACAAUCGCAGUAGCGGAAUGCCAUGUAACAGAAAAUGUGCCAGCUAUAUUGAGCAAAGCUAUUGAAGGACGAGAAACAACAAAUGAUGGACAAAUUUCAAAUAACGUUGCUAGCAGUAAUAAUGUAGUUAUUGAGUCUAUUAUAGAACUUACGCCGGCCACGACGGGAAUAUGCCAUACAACUCUGCAGACUGAGGCUAGCAAAAAUGUACCACCUGACUUAAACAUAGUAGAAAUUAUGGACAUUACAGAUAAAGAAAUGAAUGACGUUCAGUUGAUUGAAAAGCAAAUAACAAACCCAUCAUGUGAUGGAGUUUCAAAAACUGCUCCCACUGGCCUGGGUUUGCUAUCACAGUACGAAUCUGAUACUGACGAAGAUGAUUCAAACGAAUCUGAAACGGCGUCAGUAAUUGAAGUGCCUACUGCCGUGAAUAAGAACUAUCGCUCACAAGUCGUGGAAAUUGAUUCAGACUCCACUGAAACUAUUUCGUCAGAUUCUGAGUCCGAAACGGAGUCCGAAUAUUUAACAAAAAUUGCUAAAGUAAUUGAGAAACGGAUUCAAAGUAAUGAUGAUGAUAACGAAGACGACGAUGAUGAUGAUGAAGAAGGCGACCCGAAAAAACGAGGUCGGCGACAACCUCCCCGCGUUCGAGGAGAAAUGUUACUUGAUGACUUGCCGCCUAUACAAGAUCUUCAGAUUUCAGUGCCAGCCGAGGAAUGUAUAGAGCUUGGUCGUGUACAUUCCAUUGUAGAUCAAUUAUUGUUGGUGAGCGCUCUACCAAAUUCGAUUUUGUUAGAUUUGGACACAGUCCUUUUCUUGGAAAAAGGAAAACGCGUACUCGGUGAAGUGUUCGAUGUUUUGGGUCAAGUGGCAGAUCCACUAUAUUGUGUACGUUUUAAUACGAACCAACAUAUUCAGGCGAAGGGCAUAAAUGUAGGUGAUGUGGUUUACGUGGCACCGAAAACCGAAUAUACUCAAUAUGUUAUUCUUUCGAGCCUUAUGAAAAUGCGUGGAUCUGACGCUUCCUGGGAGAAUGAUAUAGAGCCACCUCCACGAUAUUUGGAAUACUCGGAUGAUGAAGAAGAACGUGAAGCUCGCCACAAGCUUCGAAAACAUCGUCGACAGAGCAUUAAAGAGGAGGAAGAAGAAGAAGAAGUAGAUGAUAAUGAUCCCAUGAAGCGAAGUCGAAUAAAUGUUGCUGCUGAAAACAGCACAGAUUCACGGCAUAGACAUGCUCGCGCUGGUGUAGGUAAGCGUAGAGACAAUAAAAGGCCAGAAAGGUUUGGGCAGCAUGGUGCAUACUCACCGCGUACCUAUCAACCUCAACAUAACCCCAAUAGUUGGCACUCACAUUACAAUCAACAAUAUCAACCAAGACCAUCUGUACAUAGUUAUCGUUCACCAUACGCCGGUCCAUUUCAGCAACAACGUCCAGUAUAUCGAAAUGCUGCACCCAGACCAAAUCACUUCAAUCACUAUGUACAUCCUCAAAUGCAAAUGCAAAUGCAAGCUCCUCCUGCACAUGCCUUUCCACCUCCACCAUUACAAAUGACACCACCGCCUCCAAUACACGCAAUGACACCUCCACUUCAAAUGCACCCAAUGCCCCAACCCUCCACCGCAUACGUGCCAAAUCCCUUUGCUUUUCGCUCAUCAACAUUAUCCCCACAAUUCGCACAGCCUCAGCCUACAACUUCAAGUCAACCACCAGCAGAACCAGCUCCACCAGGCGCCGAAUAAGAGUAAAUCCACUGAUAGAAUAACUAAUAUAUAGAUAAGAUAAUUAAUAUUUGUAUAUAUAUCUAGUAAUUAAUCAACAACGAUAUAUAAAACUGAAAUUUUUUAAUAUUCA